AUGACGUCAUUGAUAUCUGCGCAAUUACGUAAUGGGCGCAUUUGCAGCAAUCCUCGAAGCGGUGCUUCGAUCUCCGAUAGCUCGACACGGUGUCGAAACCUAAGCACUGGAGUAUCGAGCGGCCCAUCACUAAUUACGGGUUUGAGCCUCUCCUUUGUCUCUUUAGCCUUCCCACUCGCCAAUCUUGACUGUGCAGUGUACCUGGAUGGCCGAUUUGUGGUGGUGGUGUCUGAGAAGGUGACCCUUCCUCCCCUGGAUCUUGGGUCCAUCCAGUUGGUGGACAGCAGUUCCCCCAGCUGCAGUCCUGUGACCAGCCUGUCCACCUUUGUCGUGUACCAGUUUCCAGUCAGUUCCUGUGGCAGCACAGUUCAGCUUGCUGGUGGCAAUGUGACUUACCAGAACACCAUGUCUGCUGCCAUCACUGUGAGGAGUGGUCCAGAGGGCUCCAUCACCAGGGACAGCGUCUACAAGUUAUUCUUUCAGUGCACCUACUCUGGAAGCCAGGAUGUGCAAGUGGAGGCUGAGGUGUAUACUGUGCGCCACCUCUUCCAGUAGUAGAGCAAGGGCCAUUUGACCUGAAUUGGUCAUUGCAACAGAUUCCUCCUAUGGCUCCUACUAUGUGGAUGCUGACUACCCAGUGACCAAAACUCUGAGGGAUCCUGUGGCUGUGGAAGUGCACAUCAUGAACAGGACUGACCUAACCUUGUGCUGACUCUUGGGGACUGCUGGGUC